GCGGACGGGAGAGAAAGGCCCACUCUUAUUUCUCGCCCGUGACGUGAUUUUGAACAACCGUUUAAACCUUAACUCCACCAACAAUUGGGAUUAUUUCUCCUUUUUGUUUUUGUUUGUUUUCAUCGCCGUGGUUUGUUGUCGCCGCUGCGUGCGAGACGGCGUCAUGGCAGGUGUUUGAAGGCGGGAGAAGAUGCACAAUCAAGGCUUAUUGGGGCUUUUCUCAACCUCCACGACCUCAUAGAAUCUUCUAGAAGAGACGAGAUAAAAGCACCAUGGAGGGCGGAAUAGUGCCAGAACCUUGUAGUCGGAAUUAACCCCCCCAGGCGGAUUGACUAGGUGGAAUAAAGAGGAGGAGAGUGAAGAUUCCAAAAUGGUGUUCCGGAGCGAGGAGAUGUGUUUGGCCCAGUUGUUCCUGCAGUCCGGCUCCGAGUAUGACUGCGUCAGCCAACUGGGAGAACUGGGCUUGGUCGAGUUCCGAGACCUCAAUCCAAGCGUCAGCUCCUUCCAGCGCCGCUUUGUCAGCGAGAUCAAGAGAUGCGAGGAGAUGGAGAGGAUGCUGGGUUACCUCCUGAGGGAGAUCCAGAAGGCUCACAUCGCCGUACCCGAGGAGGACGAGAGUCCACUGGCUCCUCCGCCCAGACAAGUGCUGGAGAUCAUGGAGCAGCUCCAGAGGCUGGAGAUGGAGCUGAGCGAGGUGGCCAGGAACAAAGACAAGCUGCAGAGGAACCUGCUGGAGCUCAUCGAGUACACGCACAUGCUGAAGAUCACGCGCACCUUCAUACACAGCCGCUCCAGGCAUGAGGCCUUGGGUCCCCAGUAUGAGGAGUUCCCCACCAUGGAGACAGACUCGGUGUCAGGCUGCACCGGCAUGCAGAGACUUGGAGCCAAGCUUGGGUUCAUCUCCGGACUCAUCCAGCGCGUGAAAGUGGAGGCGUUUGAGCGCAUGUUGUGGCGGGUGUGCAAGGGCUACACCAUCCUCAGCUACGCCCAGGUGGAGGAGAACCUCGCCGACCUCGACACGGGUGAGAUCAGCAAGAACGUGGUCUUCCUCAUCUCAUUCUGGGGAGACCAGAUCGGACAGAAAGUCCAGAAAAUCUGCGAUUGCUACCACUGCCACCUUUAUCCUCACCCGGAGAACGACGAGGAGCGGGCGGACAUGCUGGACAGCUUGAGGACGCGCAUCCAAGACCUCAACAACGUUCUCCAUCGUACCGACGACUACCUGAAGCAGGUCCUGCAGAAGGCGUCGGAGUCGGCGAACGGCUGGGUGGUGCAGGUGAAAAAGAUGAAGGCCAUCUAUCACAUCCUCAACCUCUGCAGCUUCGACGUCACCAACAAGUGUUUGAUCGCCGAGGUGUGGUGUCCCGUCAGUGACCUGGCCAACCUGCGGGCGGCGCUGGAGGAAGGCUCGAGAAAAGGCGAUGCCACCGUUCCUUCGUUUGUAAACCGCAUCCCCAGUGCCGACACGCCUCCCACGCUGGUCCGGACCAACAAGUUCACAUCGGGCUUCCAGAGCAUCGUGGAGGCGUACGGGGUGGGGGAUUAUCGAGAGGUGAGCCCAGCACCCUACACCAUCAUCACCUUCCCCUUCCUGUUCGCCGUCAUGUUCGGGGACCUGGGCCACGGCGUGGUCAUGAGCUGCUUGGCGCUCUGGAUGGUGCUGACGGAAAAGAAGCAGACGAGGAGACGCUCCAAUAACGAGAUAUGGGCCACCUUCUUCAGCGGGCGUUACAUCAUCCUCACGAUGGGGCUCUUCUCCAUCUACACGGGCCUCAUUUACAACGACUGCUUCUCCAAGUCGCUCAACAUUUUCGGCUCGGGCUGGAGCGUCAAGGCCAUGUUCACCAGUCAGCAGUGGACGAACAAAACGCUUCGAACAAAUGCGUUGCUAACCUUAGACCCCAACGUGAGCGGCGUGUUUGUGGGCCCGUACCCGUUUGGCAUCGAUCCUAUUUGGAGCAUGGCGGUCAACCGGCUGUCCUUCCUCAACUCGUACAAGAUGAAGAUGUCGGUGGUCGUUGGCGUCAUCCACAUGACCUUCGGCGUGGUUCUGAGCGUUUUCAAUCACUUACACUUCCGACAGAAAUAUGAUGUUUAUCUGCUCUUUCUGCCCGAGCUGCUCUUCCUGCUCUGUCUCUUUGGCUACCUGGUCUUCAUGAUCCUCUACAAGUGGCUGGCCUUCAGCGUGCGCGACUCCAGCAGCGUUCCAAGCAUCCUCAUCCACUUCAUUAACAUGUUCGUCAUGCAGGGCAAGGACAUCACUCCCCUGUACCCGGGACAGACGGGUCUCCAAAUGUUCCUACUGGUGAUCGCGCUGCUGUCCGCUCCCGUCCUGCUCUUAGGCAAGCCUCUUUUCUUGUACUGGAUGCACCGUGGAGGCAAAGGCCUGCGCAGACGCAGAGGCUACGAGAGAGUCAGGCGCGCCAGCGAGGAUGACGGCUCAGCGGCGCCGGCCUACGAGGACGACGAGGAGGAGGGGCUUGAUGAGACGACGCGCAGGGAAGCUCAGACGUUUGACUUUGCCGACGUGCUCCUGCACCAGGCCAUCCACACCAUCGAGUACUGCCUGGGCUGUAUAUCCAACACGGCGUCGUACCUGCGACUCUGGGCUCUCAGCUUGGCGCACGCGCAGCUGUCCGAGGUGCUGUGGGACAUGGUGAUGCGCCUCGGCUUCAAGGUCACCACGAGAGUCGGGGUGGUGUGUUUAGUGCCCGUGUUUGGCGUCUUUGCGCUACUCACCGUGUCCAUCCUGCUGGUCAUGGAAGGUUUGUCGGCGUUCCUCCACGCUCUCCGCCUCCACUGGUGA